AUGCCAGAAUGUGGCAAAGCCUUUAUCAGUUAUUCUCUUCUUACUCGACAUCAACAAAUCCAUACUGGGGAGACACCUUAUAAAUGUACAGCAUGUGGCAAAGCCUUUAUCCGUCAUUCAAUUCUUAGACGACAUCAACGAAUCCAUACUGGGGAGAGGCCUUAUAAAUGUACAGCAUGUGGCAAAGCGUUUAUCCAUUAUUCACUUCUUACUCGACAUCAACGAAUCCAUACUGGGGAGAGACCUUAUAAAUGUACUGCAUGUGGCAAGGCUUUUAAGCAGAGUUCAAAUUUAACUCAACAUCAGCGAAUCCACACCGGGGAAAGACCUUAUAAAUGUACAGAAUGUGGCAAAGCCUUUAUCCGUCAUUCAAUUCUUAGACGACAUCAACGAAUCCAUACUGGGGAGAGGCCUUAUAAAUGUACAGCAUGUGGCAAAGCGUUUAUCCAUUAUUCACUUCUUACUCGACAUCAACGAAUCCAUACUGGGGAGAGACCUUAUAAAUGUACUGCAUGUGGCAAGGCUUUUAAGCAGAGUUCAAAUUUAACUCAACAUCAGCGAAUCCACACCGGGGAAAGACCUUAUAAAUGUACAGAAUGUGGCAAAGCCUUUACCCAUUAUUCACUUCUUACUUGA